UUGAUUUUCGACCGGAUCGCGCCGAAAUAAAACGUGCACAAAUAAUAAUGGUUCGCUCAUCAAAAAACGGAGAAAAGGUUUCGCCCCAAGAAGAGGAAUUGGACAGUGAUGCGAUGUGCGCCUCGAGUGAUGAGGCUGACAGUGGAAAGGAUUCUGAAGAUGCUGAAGUGGCCAACGAUGGUGAGCAAGAUGAACCUUGCAAAGAGGACAAACCGGGCCGGUUCGUGAGACCAUUGGAAAAGAAAAAGAAACCUGGCAUUGUGCACAUCUCCCUUAUUCCCAAGCACAUGAACGUGACCAUAUUGCGCGAGAUGCUCGAACCGUACGGCAAAGUUGGCCGCAUCUACCUGGAAGCGUCCAACAAAGGUGGCCAGAUACGCAAGACAACUGCAAGGGGCAAGCGAGCGAUGCUGCGAUACACCGCCGGAUGGGUCGAGUUCGAACGCAAACGGGUGGCAAAGGCGAUCGUCGCACAGCUCAACGCAAAACCCAUUUGCACGAGCCGAAAGUCCGUUUUCUGCGAUAUCCUGUGGUGCAUGAAGUAUAUGCCACGCUUUAAGUGGGUCCACCUGAGCGAGCUGAAAGCGUACGAGAAGGCCGUCAGCCGGCAGAAGCUGCGCACCGAAAUUGCUCAGGCGCGCAAGGAAUCAUCCUACUUCCAAAACAAUCUGGAUCGAAGCGAGGCGGCCCGGAAGCGGGCCUCGAAAGUUGGCAAAGCAGGUGGUCGAAGCAACGGUGCGGUUUAAAGUAGAUCGUUGCAGUACCCAAAAAGGCCAAAAGAAGAUUCAAGGAUUUACGUUUGGUUCGCAACUUAUAUUCUGCUGUUCCUGGUCCUAGUCCAUCCUGGUGCUGCAAAGGAACACAACAGUUGCGAAUCUUCAUCCCCUCAUCCGAUGUCCGAUGUCCGCUGUUUGAUCCCGCAGAUCAUUCACAACCUCGACGCGACGUGUACAAUAAUAAAAUUUAAUCGUUAGAAACGGUUAUUACUUCAAACGACGAUGUAAAUAUUGUUUAUGGAA